AUGACAUGUUCACCAGUACAAGUGGAGUUACACGAAAUCGACCGUAUGAGCAAUCGGGAUGGCGAGGACAGAUUCGGAGUGGCCCAAACAGUCGACCAAAGCGAUCUGAAUGACAGUGAAUUUCGAGGUGGUGGCACCGCAGCGCCCAGGGGCCCGUAUCAUGACUCUCUACCACGGGCCACACGAUUCUACCAAUCCUUCCUCUUAGUUUCGGGCUUUAUGAUGGCAUUUCAUGUCAUUGGACUCAACUCUUCAUACGGCGUUUUUCAGCAAUUCUACACGUCUACUCAAACCAACAUCGACGACGGGAAAGGCCAAGACGCUCUCGUCUCCCUGGUUGGCACGAUCGGGACUGGGCUGACAUGGAGUGGAAGUAUUUUUGUCAACCCUCUCAUUUCGUCCCGAUUGAACAUAAAGAUCGUCGCACUGUCCGGAGCGUUUUUUAUGAGUCUUGGACUUUUUCUUGCUAGUUUUGCUACGAAGCUCUGGCAUCUGUUCCUCACCCAAGCGUUGCUAUACGGUCUCGGAGCGUCCAUGUACUACUUCCCCAUCCUUGCCAUAACACCGCUCUAUUUCGAUCGUCACCGGGGAUUCGCUAUGGGGAUCGUACUCGCAGGAAGUAGUCUCGGAGGGUUAGUCUUUGCGCCAGUCCAACAAUACCUACUCGAUCAUCACGGAAUUCAAUGGACGUUGAGAAUUUUGGGUAUUUGGAACUUUGCUGUGGGAAUUCCGGUAUCGAUGGUAAUUCAACGAUAUCCUUCUUCAUUCCGCGGUGGCUCGGAAGCGGGACAGAGAAGGUGGAUUAAUACUGCGGCCUUGAGCAAAGGGACAUUCUGGUUUCAGGCCUUGGGAGCUUUCCUUCAAGCAGGGGGUAAUGUAGUACCCAUCUACUACAUCGUCGCCUAUUCUGUCUCUGUUUUAUCGCUUUCACCAUCAACGGGGAGUAUGCUAUUAAGCGUCAACAGUGGCGUGAAUUGCCUUUCGAGAGUGGCUAUGGGUAUUCUGGCUGACUAUGUUGGGCGUCAGAAUACGCUAAUUGGAGGGGUCGUCCUAUCCGCAUUAUCCGUAUUCAGUCUAUGGUAUAGUGCAGCCAAGACUCGAUUCAUCGCCUUUGUUGUCGUCUAUGGUAUCUUCGCAGGCGGAUACAACGCUCUCCUCCCCACCACCAUCGUAGAAAUCUACGGUCUCAGAAACUACGCCGCAGUGAACGGGAAUCUGUUAUUUAUCCGGGGCUUGGGAUCUCUUUUUGGAGCACCGCUUGCGGGGAUGAUUCUUGGCAGUCAUGCGAGGAUAAUCGGGAUCGGGGUGGGUGGAGGUAGUAGCGGUAAAGAGAACUUGGAGAUGAAGUUUAACGAUGUGGUCGUUUAUGACGGGGUAUUGUUGGUGAUAUCUGCGCUAUGUGUGGUGUAUGUUAGAUGGUUAGAUGCAGUUGAGAAGCGGAGGUGGAGAUGGAGGGCGUAG